CUGGUUCUCUCAAAAUCUUUCAUAUUUUUCUCUUCCCACUCAAAAUCUCUUUCUGCGUCUGUUUCCAUUUUCAUGGCCGAUCUGACCACGAACCUGUCGAUUAUGGAGCCGAAAGCCCCACACCCACUCCACCAAAUAGCAGAAAUGCCGACGCAUAAGUUGCUGCUCAAGCAAUGGCUCAAAGAAGAAGACCUGAUUCUCAACAGAGUAGCCCUGAAGGAGACCCAAAUCGAUGCAGUACGUAAAGAAAUCACGCAUCUCUACAUCUUCUUCUUCCUCUUCCACUCCAUCUCGCUUCUUCUCCUCUUCAAUUCCUCGUCCAGAGACCCUCCCACUGGGUCCUGCCACAGAUCAUGGAUCCCGUCACUCUGUUCUCUUCUGUGCUCCAUGGGGAUAAUCUGGGCCACCCGGUACAAGAUGGAUGUAGAAGGGCAUUUGGAGAAGUUGUUGGAGAGGGAGAAGGAGGACGGGAAGCUGUUGGGGAAGUGUGUAGAGGAAUUGAAGAAGAAGGGCGUGGAGUUUGAUUUGCUGAAGGAGGUUGAUGCGUUGAGGAGAGCCAAGAGUAUGCGAAUGGAGGCAAAAGCGGUGAGGAAAUGGUCUGCUAGGGAUUUUGUGACAUUGUUCUUCUUUGCAGUGUCAUGUCUUGUUCUUGGGUUGACAAGGGUGAUUUUAUGCGGUUAAAGUCGAGGGGAAAUUGGGGGUUUUCUGGAGUUUUAUGGGCUGCAGGGUUUAGGAAAACAAUUAUAAGAUUUUCACUUGUUUUUAGUGAGAUUUUUCACAGAAGAAUCUUAGUUUCUGUCCUUGAUCUCGGUGUGCAGAAUAUUCUGUUCUGCUUUUGUAAUUUGGAGAUUUAUAUGAAAGUAUCAAAUAAAUAUGAAAAUUUCAC